UUACACACUAAGUGUUUGUUCUACCUUCUAGGGGUGUUAAAUCUUGGUAAAAAAAAAUUCACAGCAAAAGGGGGCAUUAUUUACUGCCCUCCACUUGCUAUAUAUAUAUCCACUCUAAUCUUUUUACCCUCUCUUCCCAUAUAUUUUUUAAACCAUGAACCCCAAAAAGGUAAAUGCCCCUUCCCUCAAACUUGUAAUAACAACCUUACUACUUAUUUUCUUGGUCAUAACUUCCCUCGCCCUAAUCAAGGACCGCCUCUACACCACCACCCGAUACCUCCGAACGGGGCUCCGCCAACAAACCGAAUGCACCACCGCCGACGGCGACAAACGCCACCUCAUCCGCAACCUCGAGCCGUUGAUAUCGAAAGAGCCGCUCGAGAUAUGGGAAGGACUAGGCAAGGAAGAGAAAACCAUCAAAUACCUACCCUCCAUGAUUGACUUGAGCCGCAAGAAAGGCCGGUUCAUCUACAUCGACCUCGGCGCCCGCGAGUACGACUCCAGCAUCGGGAGCUGGUUCGUGAAACAGUACCCCAAGCAGAACAAGAAGUUCGAAAUCUACGCGGUGGAAGCCGACAAAGCGUUCCACAAGCAAUAUGAAUCAAGAAAGGGAAUUACGCUCUUGCCCUUCGCCGCUUGGAUAAAAAACGAGACGGUGGUUUUCGGGAGCAAGCCGAUUGUUGUUAAGGAUAAAGUAUGGAGGAUGAGGCCGUUCGGGCGGAUCGAGGGACAAAAGGCGCAGGACGACGAGCUCGCGGCGGUUACGAAAGUCGAGGCGUUUGACUUUGUUGACUGGCUCGAGAGGAUGGUGGGGCCCGAUGAUUUCGUGGUGGUCAAGAUGGAUGUGGAGGGUACCGAGAUUGUUUUGAUCGAUGAACUUGUACGACGGGGCGCGAUUUGUUUGAUCGACGAGUUGUUUAUGGAGUGCCAUUUCGACCGGUACGUGAAAUGUUGCUCCGGUGAGAGGAUUAAUAGGUUUAAUUACUCGUAUAAUCAGUGUUAUAGUUUGUUUGAUGAUCUUAGGAAUAUGGGAUGUGUUGUGCAUCAAUGGUGGUGAUUAAUCUUGAUGUUAUUGUCAUUUUUGUAAUUUUUCUUUUUUUUUUUUUUUAAAUUAAUUGCGGUAUUAGAAUAAUGUUUUGAUGAGUAUAAUAAUUAUGUGUUGAAUUUAGUUGGAUGGUGGUGUUUUUUGGAUGGCUUACAUUUGUUUGUGGACCAAAUCAACUCCAAUAUUGGGUACACUAUAAUUAAGAGGUUGUUUACUUU